AUGAGCGUCGAGCUCGAGAUCGAUGAGAGCAAGGUCUGGAGCCCGGAGGAGCGGCAGGCGUACCUCGACCAGAUCCCCGAGAUGUCACUCUUCGAGGACCACAUCCUCGAGGGCGACGUCAUGGUCGACGCCAUGAUGGCGCUCGUCGAGGAAGGCGAGACGGCCGAGACGCUCGCGCUCAAGUUCAAGAACAAGGGCAACAAGAUGUUUGCCGACGCCAAGAAGUCCAAGAACCAUCUCUACUACGAGUAUGCCAUCAAAGAGUACAGCGACGCACUGGCGUACGGCCUCAAGGCGCUCGCAGCCCCGACGCCGGCGGACGAGCUCGCGGCCAUGGACCUCGACGAGCCCAUUCGCAUGCCGGCGCUCAUGACGACAAUCCUCUCCAACCGCGCGGCCGCGCACCUCGCGCUCAAGAACUAUGGCAGCUGCCGCUCGGACGCGGCGCGCGCGCUCCAGCACGACAGUAAGCACCUCAAGUCCAUCUACCGCGGCGCCAAGGCGUCGGCGAUGCUCAAGAAGCCGGCCGAUACGCUGCGCUACUGCAAGGUGGGCUUGGCCAUCGACGCGACCAACAAGGAGCUCCUCGUACUCCAACGCGACGGCGAGAAGAUGCUCGAGGAGCAGCGGCAGCAGGCCGAGCUCGACGCGUUCAAGGCCAAGAAGGCGCAUGCGAUGGUCGAAAAGUACCGCAAGCUCUGCACGCUCCGAAACGUGCGCGUCGGUCGCGGUAUCCUCGACGACGCCCGCGUCAAGGACUUUGAAGGCAAGGCCGACUUGGACGAAGAGGGCGUCAUGUGCUGGCCCGUCCUCUUCCUCUACGACGAGUACGGUCAGUCGGACUUUAUCCAGUCGUUUGGCGAGCAAGACAUGUUCAUCGAGCACCUCGCCAACAUGUUUCCGGAGGAAGGCCCGUUCUGCUUCUGGGACAAGCGCCAGGAUUACGUGGCCUCGCAGCUCCAAGUGUACGUGGCGGCCGACGUGGUUGUGCCCUUUGCGACGCCGGACGCUUGGCACGUCGCGCUCAAUGGCGCGAAAGAGUCGGAUGCGAUCGAGUCGGCGCGCCUCGACGCGGACGAAAAGCACGGCUACAAGCACAAGGUCUGGCUGCGCGUCUCGCCGUUCUGCAAGUUGUACCGUCUCCUGAGCCACCACCAGUACGUCGUGCCCGGCAUUCCCGUCAUCAACAUCAUGGUGCGCGGCUCCAAGCAAGAAGCGUCCUUCCUGGACGCGAUCGACGUUAUCAACCUCGAGGAGCGCUAA